UCUCUCUGCCUCUCUCUUUCAUGUAUCAGCAGCAAAUCCUCUCCCAUUUGCCUAUAUAAACCCUUCAAUCUCUUCAUACCCUUCUCAAUUCUCACCUUCUCCUCUUUUCCACUCUCAAUUUCUCUCUGUGUUUUGUCAGAAAAAACUCAGCCACCAUGGUGGUUCUGUCACAACCAGCAUUAGAACAUUUCUCUAUAAUCGAAACUUACCAGCCUUCAAGCUGCUUAUACUCAGGAAUUCCAGUUGUAGACAUGAGACACCCUGAAGCCAAGUUCCAUGUAGUGGAAGCCUGUGAAAAAUACGGCUUCUUCAAGCUCAUUAACCAUGAUGUUCCGUUGGAGUUCAUGGCCAAUUUAGAAGCCGAAGCUGUCAACUUCUUUAACCUCCCUCAGUCUGAGAAAGACAAAGCUGGACCCCCUGACCCUUAUGGCUAUGGCAGCAAAAGCAUUGGCCCCAAUGGUGAUGUUGGUUGGAUUGAAUAUCUCCUCCUCAACUCCAACCCUCAAAUCACUUCACAAAAAACUCUCGCCAUUUUCAAACAAAGCCCUCAUGAUUUCCGGAGUGCUGUGGAGAAGUACAUAACAGAAAUGAAGAAACUUGCAUAUGAAGUUCUUGAAUUAAUGGCCGAUGGGCUAAGAAUAGAGCCAAGGAACAUUUUCAGUAGAUUCAUAAGGGAUGAAAAAAGUGACUCCUGUUUCAGGCUGAACCACUACCCACCAUGUCCAGAGCUUCAAACAUUGAAGAAAGGAAGCAAUUUGAUUGGGUUCGGAGAACACACAGACCCUCAGAUUCUUUCUGUUCUAAGAUCUAACAAUACUUCAGGACUUGAAAUUUGCUUAAGAGAUGGCACUUGGGUUUCUGUCCCUGCUGAUCAUUCUUCCUUUUUCCUCAAUGUUGGUGAUGCUCUGCAGGUAAUGACUAAUGGGAGAUUCCAAAGUGUGAAGCACAGAGUGUUGGCUGACAGAGUGAAAUCAAGAAUUUCAAUGAUAUAUUUUGGAGGGCCACCAUUGAAUGAAAAGAUUGCACCUUUGCCAUGCCUAGUUUCAAAAGAAGAAGAUUGCUUGUACAAGGAGUUCACUUGGUGUGAAUACAAGUGCUCUGCCUAUAAGUCCAAGUUGGCUGAUUAUAGGCUUGGGCAGUUUGAGAAAUGAAAACCAAAAGGACACUUCCGUAAUUUAGCAAAAAUUAAACUAGCCAUACAUGGAGAAGAAUAUAAAAUAGAGCCUCAACUUCUCUUGUUUAUUUAUCAACAACUCUGUACUAGUUAACUGCAACUACAAUGUUAUUAUCCACUAGAUCUUGAUCAUGUUAAAAUAAAUUAUAAUUUUCAACUUA